AUGAUCCUGGACCCCCUGUUAAAACAGGGUCUACUGGAGAACCAUAUGGGUGACUUUGGUCAAUCAAGAUCGAGGAGAGGUGUCAUUCAGGAGGUCAAGGGGUGGAGCAUCAUAGCCCCCACCAAUCAGAAGCAGAGCAGAGAUUGUGGGGUGGGUUUAAAGUCAGGACACGCCCUGAGUGGCGAAGGAGAUGACACGCAGAUGUUGGAUAACCUGGGUCUACUUCCCUCUCUGGGGGACAAGUUUGAGGAGUGCGGGGGCAGAGACUGCAGCGUUUGCCAGUGUUUCCCCGCCAAAGGAGCUCGGGGGUCACCUGGACCUACUGGUAGACAGGGUCCACAGGGGCCGCCUGGUUUUCCUGGGCCACCAGGACCACCUGGAGAGAAAGGUCGGCGUGGCAGUGAGGGAAUUCCUGGGGCAUCUGGCCUGAAAGGCGACAUGGGUUUUCGAGGUCCUCCUGGAUAUCCCGGGUCUGACGGACUUCCAGGUCACCCUGGUCCAGGUGGACUUCCUGGUCUUCCUGGGUUAGACGGCUGUAAUGGAACUAAGGGUGAGCCAGGAUAUCCUGGUCCUCGUGGUUUUCCAGGCCUGCCUGGACCACAGGGAAUUGCAGGACCCCCUGGACCUCCUGGACCACCUGUGAGUGUUCCUCCUGAUCCAAUGUGUGCGUUGCACCUUCACAGUCGCAGGCGAAUCAAGGCGAAUAACAUGGGCUUCCUCAAGCACGAUGUUGCCAUGGAGACGUUUGUCCAAUGGCAGGGUCUGAAUGGAAACCCAGGCCCUCGAGGUCCAAUAGGGUUUGCUGGUCCGACCGGACCCCCCGGUCGGCCUGGUUCACCUGGACUGAGAGGCCCACCUGGAGACAAUGGCAGGUCUUUGCCUGGCCAGAAGGGAGAUGAGGGUGACCUGGGUUCCCCAGGUCCACCUGGACCGUUUGAGUAUGUGGAACCACCAGAAGAGUUUUACCCCAAAGGAUAUAAGGGGGACAGAGGGCCAAAAGGACUUCCUGGACAACGUGGUUUUCCGGGAUUCAGGGGCCCACAGGGAGAGAAAGGAGAGAAGGGCAUCCUAGGACUUCCUGGAAACAGGGGAGAGCCUGGAUACCCCGGCAGACCUGGAAUACUCGGACAAAAGGGGACAUUCGGCGACAUUGGACUUCCCGGUCUCACCGGCCUCCCGGGGCCUAAGGGUUUACCAGGCGAUCCGGGUCCCAAGGGAGAGCGACGGAUCAUUUCAAAUGAAGUUGACGGCUGCAGAGGAAAUGUUGGCGCUCCGGGUCCCCCUGGACCCCCUGGGCCCCCAGGAGACCCGGGUCCGUACGGCUUCCCGGGCACUCAAGGACAGCCUGGUGAUUCCAUACCAGGUAAGACCGGAGUUCCAGGUAUACCCGGGGGACUGGGUGAUAAAGGCGACAUGGGGCGCUAUUAUGAAGAACCCUCCCCUGGAGAACCAGGGAAGCAGGGACUUCCAGGAGCCAAAGGGAUCCGCGGAAUGCCUGGUGCCCCAGGCGGCUUCUGUAUCGCAGGGGUGACUGGAAACCCUGGAGACGAUGGAAACCCAGGCCCACCUGGAUCAGCAGGUGACAGAGGAAACAGAGGAACGAAGGGUGAUUGUGAAUGCAUGCCCCCUUCAACCCCUCAGCCUGGACCUCAGGGCCCGAUGGGAGACCCGGGUCUCCCGGGCAGCCUCGGCCCUCGCGGUGCCCCCGGGCCGAGGGGCGACUUUGGUUUCUCUGGGAGCCCUGGUGAAAAGGGCUUUAGAGGACCACCUGGACCACCUGGUCCUAACGGAUUAAAUGGACUGCCGGGGGAACCUGGAACAACUGGUUUCCCAGGAGAUCCUGGUCCAGAUGUGAGUUACAUCAGGGGGAAAGUUCUCGUGGCUUCCCAGGUGACAAAGGAUAUCCGGGGUUUCCAGGGCCUAAAGGUACACCUGGUGCACCAGGAUCUUGCACUUCAGGUUUUCCAGGACCAGCAGGUGAGCGAGGGCUCCAAGGAGACCCAGGUCCACCUGGACAAAGAGGACCCACAGGGCCUAAAGGAGCCCAAGGUGAUUUUCUUCCUUGUCCACCCAGCAAUCCUGGACCCCCCGGUGCAAAAGGAGAGAUUGGACCACCAGGCCCUCAAGGGAAACCAGGGAGUCCAGGAUUCCCGGGAUCAGGGGGACCAGAUGGAUUCAAAGGAAGGAAGGGAGAUUUUGGACCUCCCGGACCUUCUGGUCCUGCAGGUAGAGAUUACACAUCCUCACUUCGGAUCACGCGGGUGCGAUGGAGAUCCAGGAAACCCUGGAUUGGAAGGUGAAAGCGAGAUUGGUCCCGACGGCACUCCGGGUGGCCCAGGAUUCAAAGGAAUGAAAGGAACUGCUGGUGAUCCUGCCAACGGGGAACCAGGGCCUAGGGGGAUAUCUGGCAUGCCAGGAUUCCCUGGUUCAAAGGGUGUGCCUGGAUCACCAGGACCACCAGGAAGAGAAGGACUUCCAGGCAACCCUGGAGUGCCUGGUGUGAAAGGAGAGCGUGGAGAGGACGGCCCUCCAGGAUGCCCUGGACCCAAAGGUAUCACCCCAUUUCCGUGUGAUGGAGGCCCACCCGGUCCACCCGGACCUCCAGGGUUCCCCGGCAACAUCGGCCCCCCAGGUUGUCCUGGUGUUAAGGGGGAUAGAGGAAUUCAGGGCAUUUCCUACCCCGGGCCCAAAGGGCUGCCUGGCAAGCCUGGGAACCCGGGGUUACCGGGUCACCAGGGACCUACGGGACCAUGUGGCCCAGCUGGUGAUGAUGGACUCCCUGGAGUAGCCGGGCCUCCCGGACCUCCCGGACCGUGCGGCAGUACCGGCCCACGUGGUGACAAAGGUCCACGUGGGACUGACGGGCCGCCUGGAUAUCCUGGCUUUGACGGAUCUCCAGGACCAGAACCGGGACCGCAGGGUUUACCAGGCUUUCCUGGACGCCCCGGGGAGCCUGGGCUAAAGGGAGAGAGAGGUCCAAGGGGUAUUCUUGGCUUCCCUGGAGAGACUGGAGAUCCAGGUGAUCCCGGAAUAUCGGGUUUACCUGGUAUGUCUGGCGUCCCUGGAUACAAUGGACUGAAAGCCCCUCCAGGUGAUAGAGGCGAUCUAGGUGACCCAGGCUGUGAGGGGCCACCUGGACCCAGAGGUCUCCCUGGCUCUUUGGGGCCCACCGGUGUGGUUGGACCCCCGGGUCCUCAUGGAAAGCAGGGCGCUCAGGGCUCACCAGGACCUCCAGGUUUGCCUGGCUCAAAAGGGAGCAAAGGAAGCUUGGGGCACAAAGGUCCCCCAGGUCCAUUGGGCCUGCACGGCUUGGAUGGGCUGAAAGGUGUAAAAGGCGAAAUUGGGCCCAGAGGACCUACAGUGACUGGCCCUCCUGGCCCCACGGGUCCUGUGGGAGAUAAAGGCAUCAGAGGAGACCCGGGACCCCGAGGGCCAUCCCAGCCUGGAACAAAAGGGCCAAGAGGCCCACCUGGGUGCCAAGGAGAUCGAGGACCUCCUGGACCGAUGGGUCCUCGGGGUAAUGACUGUAAAAACCCCAGACCUGGACCAUGUGGAGACCCUGGACCCCCUGGACUCGAUGGCCUACCAGGACCCAUGGGGGAUCCCGGACCCCCUGGUGAUACUGGGCCAAAAGGACAGAGGGGACCUCCCGGAUUGCCUGGAUUUCCUGGACUACAGGGUCCUCCAGGAACCAAAGGUGAAAGAGGAGCGUUCGGGCCUAUGGGUCAUCCGGGAUGUCUGGGGCUCCGAGGCGCAUGUGGACCACCUGGGCCCAGAGGACCAAAAGGACUGAGAGGAGCCCCAGGUCCCAAAGGACGGAAAGGUUCUGUCAUCUAUAAGUAUCCAUCUGACACCCCUCAGGACUUCCAGGGUAAACCUGGGAAUCCAGGGGUGCCCGGACAGCGUGGCAACCCUGGGUAUAAUGGCCCAGAGGGUCCGCAAGGAGACAAGGGGAUGAGGGGAGACCCCGGGGAGCAAGGACGACUGGGACCACAAGGUCCCGAUGGAGAUCCAGGAGAUGAGGGAGUAAAGGGAGAGAGAGGCGUACAGGGGAUACAGGGUCCCAUUGGGCCUCCAGGAGACCCUGGAGACCUAGGCUCUGGUGAGAACUAUGAAGCUGGUUUCUUAGUGGUGCUACACAGCCAGUCAGAGGAGCUCCCUAGGUGUCCCGUGGGAAUGACACAGCUAUGGACUGGUUACAGUUUACUCUAUCUAGAAGGCCAAGAGAAAGCACACACACAAGACCUUGGUCGGGCCGGCUCCUGUAUGCGUAUGUUCAGCACCAUGCCUUUCUCCUACUGUAACAUGCACAGCUGUGACUACGCCCAACGCAACGACAAAUCCUAUUGGCUCUCGACUACAGCUCCAAUACCCAUGAUGCCAUUCACGGGCCCAGAGAUCAGCCAGCACAUCAGCCGCUGUGUGGUGUGUGAAUCCACCUCCCCUGCCAUGGCUAUACACAGUCAGAAUGACAGAACCCCGCCCUGCCCUCCCCAGUGGAGAAGCCUGUGGUUUGGCUACUCUUUCCUUAUGCACACGGGGACAGGCGACGAGGGCGGGGGCCAGUCUCUGACGUCGUCGGGAAGUUGUCUGGAGCAGUUCCGGGCCCAGCCGUUCGUGGAAUGCCAAGGCUCGCGUGGCACGUGCCACUACUUCGCCAACACCUACAGCUUUUGGCUGACGCGCGUGAGCCGGGACUUCGACCCCGCGUCCGACAAACCGGUCACCCAACCCCUGAACAACGUCAGCCGCUGUAACGUUUGCAUGAGGGAGUGA